AUGGCUGUGAUGACGUUUCGUGAGUUUUAUACUACAGUAGUUCCAAAUGAGAUUGAGUGUCAUCGGUUUUUAGUAGCAAAAGGAUUGUUGAAAAGUGCCGAAGACAACGACCCUUGUCAUAAAUGUGGCACAGAAAUGCAGGUAAAACGACGGAAAUGCCGUAAUGGAGAGUGGAAGUCGAUUUUUCGGUGUCCAAAAAAAGGCUGUCAGACAACAAGAUCACCGCGAGCUGGUAGCAGUUUUUUUCAUUUUACUGACUUGAACCAACGUUGCAACAGUGGGUUAACACUUUGUCAAAUUGUUGAACUUGUAUUUAUGUUUGUAUUGGAAUUACCCACACAAAUGGUAAUGGAUCGAACAGGAAGAAGUAAUGAGUGUGUCACCGACUGGUUUAACAUGUGCCGAGAAGUAUGUACAGCUAUUUUGAAGACUAAAGGAAAAAUGGUUGGAAAUGUACAAAAUCCAAUUCAGAUUGACGAAGCUCGUUUCGCUGGUCGAAGGAAGUAUAAUAGGGGUAGAUUAUUAGCUGGUGACGCUCCUUCCGCCUUGACAGAUAUAAAUUCUGAAGUAAUUAAUAACCGAAAUCACGGUGCAAGGGUAGAUGGCCCAUGGGUAUUUGGUUUAAAAAAUGGAAAUGAUUGCCGUUAUUUUUAUGUACAUCGACGCUAUCGAGAAACACUCCUACCAAUAAUUGAACGUGAAUGCGAGGCAGGAUCAGAAAUUCAUUCUGAUGAAUGGGCUGCAUAUAGAUGUCGUACAAGCCGAGGUUUUGUACACAAGACGGUAAAUCACCAAAUCUCAUAUGUCGAUGCAAAUACAGGAGCCCACACUCAAAACAUUGAGAGGUCAUGGUUGGACGCGAAAAUUAAAUUAUUGAAGAAAAUGAGGGGUGUUCCUCUUAAUCAUUUGCAGUCCCAUCUUGAUCACUAUUGCGGGCGACUUUACCGUCAAGACAGUCCGGACCUUUUUCUCGCCAUGUUAGAAGACAUUCAGAUCGUGAAUAAUCGUUUUUGA